UCUUAAAGAAUGGAUGGGAAGAGAAAGCCGUUCCCCGUUCCGCCCCAUAAAGUCCUUCCCUCCCCAUCGGCUCCGUCUACAGAAGAUUACGCCUUGAGGCUCCUUUCAUCUAUGGAAAACAUGGUGCAUCUGAAAGACAUAGUUCCUGCGGCAACCAAUACUGUGAACACACAAUUCAUAGUGCUGGAGAAGGGAAGCAUUACCCAGGAUGGGAAAGAGAUGACUUGCUUGGCAUUAGUUGCGGACGAGACUGCAUCAGUUCACUUCCAGAUGUGGGGAAGUGAGUGCGAAGCUUUCGAGCCUGGGGACAUCCUUCGUCUCAGCAAUGGAAUAUUCUCUUUCCACAAGAACAGUCUGGUGCUCAGGGCUGGCAAGAAAGGGAAUGCUGAGAAGGUUGGCGAGUUCACCAUGCUAUUUGUGGAGACCCCAAACAUGAGUGAGAUCCGUUGGGCUCGUGACCCUCGCAAUCCCAAGAAGUUUGUGCAGGAAGCUGUUUUAUCGCCUCACUCGAGGAUCUUUGCACCCUCACAGUAGUGUGUCUGUCAUAUGUAAACAUUUCCGCCGAGACACAACAAGUCCUUGGCCAAUCUCGACUUUGCCUUAUGGAAUGGUGUUUCUCAAGCAUAACUUGGUUAUUUAUGCAUGUAAAGCAGCACUUUUGACAUUUGAAUAUGCUGAUUAACUUGUUUUAUCUACAAACGCAGGUUCCUAUGAACUUAUACAGGAAGGUCCAGAAGCAGAGGUUAUAAUUUUGGAUUUCUCAAAGAAGUCCAAUGUGGCUGGUAUGAUUCUACAGUAUGUUGCUUAUGCUAUACAAGUCAAAUUGCUAGAUCCACUAGAGAAUGGGAUCGAUUGUUUCUUGUCCAUAUAUUUUAAUGACAUCGGGUCAGAUCCAGAAGGAAGAUUGAAUGAAGCAACUGAACAAUGGAAGCAUUGAUGUUAAAGUUUUGGGGCUGAAAGCAUCCUGAUUCGGAAAUGCUGUUAUGUUAGAUGUCAAAUCUCUAGUAAGUUGGGAAUGAAGAUAGAGAUGACAUUUUUUUUUUUUUUUAUAAUGUUUGUUGUUCAUAUGUGAAAGUUACAGGUUGUACAACUGAGUAAUGGCACUUGUAUAAGAGACUCUACUCUAUUUACGGUGACCCAUUCAAACAUUAACUGUGAGCUCAAAUGGACAGAGCAUUACAAUGUCUCUCUACAGAAGAGACUUACGGUUGCAUAUGACAGGAAUCACAUUGGUCAUGGCUACAGUCUGAGCAAUGCUGCUUC